AUGGCACUGUGUUUGGGAACCUUUGUGGUUUGGGUUGGUGCGUCUAUGUUUCUACAACUGGACUCUGUCAUUGGAGAUCAGCAGCUGUCUGAGGACUACUUCAUUCUUCCUGAAGAAAUGGAAGACACUGCUUCUGGCACAGAAACCAAAGAUAUGAGAUGUGUUUUUCCGUUCAUCUAUAGGGGCAUCUUAUGUAAUCCCAUGAAGUUUUUUGACUGUACAUUCCACGAUUCCAUAUUCCUUUGGUGUUCUCUCAGUGCAAACUAUACAGGGAGAUGGAAAUACUGUACUAAAACAGACUAUGCUAAAUGUGUCUUCCCUUUUAUCCAUGGAAACAAGUCUUAUCAGACUUGCACAAAAACUGGGAGUGUUACUAAAAGGUAUUGGUGCUCACUCUCUCCAAAGUUCAACGAGGAUAGUGCUUGGAAGUAUUGCUAG